AAACGGGGUCACCUCGCCGCUGCCACGCGCCACCCGCGCCGCUCGCCCACAUCGAGUCCUCCGCCCCCCGCGCGGGCGCACCUCACUUCACUACCCCGGUCCACCACCCUCCGCCUCGCCUAUCGCCGUCGCAGCCAUGGUCUCCCUCCGCUUCCCCACCGCCGCCGUCCCCCGCCUCCCGCCGAAGCCGGUGCCCAACGGCGUCACCAUCGCCGCCACGCUCGCUGCCGCGGCGGCGGCGGCGGCAGCAGCAGCGGCCAGCCUGACCCUCACGGCCAAAUCCGCGGGGCGGCCGGUCCCGCUCCCCUCCCCUUCCGCCCCUCUCUGGGCCUCCCUCUCCCUGGCCGACGGGGCGGCCCCCGGCUCCGUGGAGCCCCGCACCGGCGCGGCAUUCCCCACCGAGGACGCCGCCGGGCGCCGCCUCCUCGGCGUCGGCCUCCGGAAGACCAGCGUCCUCGGGCUCAAGUCCAUCGACGUCUACGCGUUCGGCGUGUACGCGGAUGGCAACGAUUUGGAGCAGCAGCUGAAGGAGAAGUACCGGAAGUUCUCGGCCUCUGAACUGAAGGGAAGUGCUGAGCUGAUCAACGACGUGCUAGGGCAGGACAUUCAGAUGACGGUCAGACUGCAGAUUGUAUACGGGAGGUUGAGCAUUCGCUCGGUUCGCAGCGCGUUCGAGAAGAGUGUCGGAAGCAGGCUUCAGAAGUUUGGUGGACAGGACACCAAAGAGUUGCUUCAGAGUUUUGUUGCGCUUUUCAAGGAUGAAUACAAACUACCUAAGGGGUCUGUGAUUGAGCUUUCCAGGGAAUCAAACCAUGUGCUUAAAAUUAGCAUUGAAGGCGAGGAAGUGGGGAGCAUCCAGAGCAAACUCUUAUGCAGGUCUAUCUUAGAUCUUUACAUUGGAGAUGACCCCUUUGACAAAAGUGCAAAGGAUAACGUCCAGGAAAAUAUAGCUAGCAUUCUUCAAAGUUAGAAGGGAUGUUUGAGGUUAAAUAGUCCUGGGAAUUUUUCAGGGAACUCAUAUUUUUGUUCCAGCAGAACUCAUUCUACAACCAUGUAUAUCUGGCCCCAAUGUUAUUUUCUACUUGCUUAUAUAUCUGGACUCAAGUUCCUUGCACAAAGGAGGCAGAAUGAGAUACUGCUGCACGACCCAAA